AUGAGGGGGAGGGGAGGGGCGCAGGGAGGGGGUUGGGGUCACCGGAACGUCGCCGGGGUGCGGUCCUCGAGCCUCGCACUGACAAAUAGCGUUUUCCCCCGAGGCCCAGGCCCAGGCCCCCCGGACCCCCGGACCCCCCGGACCCCCCGGACCCCCGGGCCUCCGGGCCGCGAGGGCCGCGAGGGCUGCGGUCGACUGCCAUUCGUCAUGUUAGAACACCGCGCCUCAAACUAA